AAUGCUGGAAUUUUGCGGAAAGCGAUCGACUUGAGCGGAAUCGCAAUACUAACCAUCCUACAUCUUCCUUGCCGACUGGUACCAUGCUCAAGACUAGAGGCGACUCAGCCGACUCCGAUGACGAUGCGACGAAUGAGCUUGACAUCUCGUAUGAGCAAGAACGGAUGGAGAACAUCCAGAAUAACGCCGCCCUUCUAUCUUCCCUCGGCCUGAGUUCGGAACUAUCGAUUCGACCGCACAAACCGUCAAGCUUGAAAUCUGGGAAACCGAAACGAACCAUCUCGUCAGCUGAAGAGAGGACUCGAAGACAGGUCAGGGCGAGAGAAGCGGCUUUGAAAAGGGAUCUAGAGCCAACGAGAAGGAGCUCUCGAGUAGCUGGUAAACCAGCACCAGAUUAUUUGGGGGAAGGCGUUCAACCUCCUUCACCUACCCUUGGCCCAACUUCCAACUUUACCCGACCAGACCCUUUACCACGUCAGACUGCACGAGUCAUACCUUCUGGGCCGCAAUAUGAUUCGGGAGAAAUAUUUGAGCCUGCCCCUUUACCUAGCAGACGAGAGGAUGGCGUUUUGAUAUUUGAAGGACGGUGGAAAGAUGUCUUUACGCCCAAUGUCAGUCCGGAGGAAAUGUUCCUUGGUGGAGCUUUCGCUGGAGGUUUCUUUGCCGAUACCUACUCCCACGUCCUGAAAUCUUCCUUAUCCUCUUCACAAGAUAUCGCCGAUCUCCCUUUCUCCGCCCCAUCAUCUUCCGUCCUCUCUGAGCGAUUCACCAACCCUGAACCAGAUGGGGAUGUCAACCGAUUCAAAGUCCGAGCAGGUCAAAGCCUACAAGAAUGGGAAAAAGCAGGUUGGAUAUGGCCCGCAGAUCCUAGAGGUUGGGCGCAGUGGUAUCUUCGAUUUUGGAGUGGAAGACGAUGUGAGGAUGAUGAGAGACAAGUCAGGCGAUGGCUCAAGGUCGCUGGACCGACUGGACGAUUCAAACGCGCUCUAAUGAAAAAGGUUCAUGCUGCCGGUGGGGUUCCCGGAGGCGGACUCGCGGAUGAAGAUGUUGGAAGGGUCUUGAGGCAAUGUCUUUGGCAAUGGGGAUAUGAGUUGACAGAAUCGGAGUAUACAAGGGCAAUGGAGACAGGUGCCUAAGGGGCGGGACCUGGAGCCUGAAUCCCGAGUUCCAAAGGCAAAGGAAACCAAUAGAUUACUUGGAGUAUGGGAUCAUCUUGUUGUAUCAUGACACAUAAUGCAAUA